AUGUCCAGUGGCCAGGGGGAAAAGGGUGAGUUCAAGAUCGCCGAACCGGGCCGCCAGCUGAAACGGGCGGAGGCCGACUUUAUGCGACUGAUCGAACAGCAGAACCUGCAGCGCGUGCAAAAGUUACAGCGCCAGCGGCGCAACAACAAACUGACCGGCAUCGCACUCGGCGGAACCGUGCUCGGUAUUUACCUCUACUCGAUGUUCUCCGUGAAGCAGGAAAAGUUUUUGGACGACUUUGAAGAGCCCGUGAAAAUCGAGGUCGAAAACAAGGCCCUCUAG